AUGUCGCCUCGCUCCCGCCUGGGGCUGGCUUCGCUCCCGCCUGGGGCUGGCUUCGCUCCCGCCUGGGGCUACCUUCGCUCCCGCCUGGGGCUACCUUCGCUCCCGCCUGGGGCUACCUUCGCUCCCGCCUGGGGCUACCUUCGCUCCCGCCUGGGGCUACCUUCGCUCCCGCCUGGGGCUACCUUCGCUCCCGCCUGGGGCUACCUUCGCUCCCGCCUGGGGCUACCUUCGCUCCCGCCUGGGGCUACCUUCGCUCCCCCCUGGGGCUCGCCUCGCUCCCGCCUGGGGCUCGCCUCGCUCCCGCCUGGGACUCGCUUUGCUCCCGCCUGGGGCUCGCUUUGCUCCCGCCUGGGGCUCGCCUCGCUCCUGCCUGGGGCUCGCCUCGCUCCUGCCUGGGGCUCGCCUCGCUCCUGCCUGGGGCUGGCUUCGCUCCUGCCUGGGGCUCGCCUCGCUCCUGCCUGGGGCUGGCUUCGCUCCUGCCUGGGGCUGGCCUCGCUCCCGCCUGGGGCUGGCUUCGCUCCCGCCUGGGGCUACCUUCGCUCCCGCCUGGGGCUGGCUUCGCUCCCGCCUGGGGCUACCUUCGCUCCCGCCUGGGGCUCGCCUCGCUCCCGCCUGGGACUCGCUUUGCUCCCGCCUGGGGCUCGCCUCGCUCCCGCCUGGGGCUCGCUUUGCUCCCGCCUGGGGCUCGCCUCGCUCCCGCCUGGGGCUGGCCUCGCUCCCGCCUGGGACUCGCCUCGCUCCCGCCUGGGACUAGCUUUGCUCCCGCCUGGGACUCGCCUCGCUCCCGCCUGGGGCUGA